AUGAAGUGGAAAUGUGUGUUCCUGGUUUUCAUCUCUCUGAGCGGCCGGUGUUUCCGAUGUUUCACCGGUGACGUCGUGGCCUCUGACGAACACUCAGACAUAGGUCACGAUGAGGACGUACACCCCAACAACCUCCGAGAAACAAAUGGGGACGUACUCGACAUGAAUUUCCAAACAAGCAGGGAAGUACCAGACACGAAUAUUGAAACAAACUGGGACAGACUGGACAUUAACAAGGACGACUAUGAGGACGCAGACUGGCAUCCUCCGACCUCCCUGCAGGAAACACACCUCGUUCUGUCCCCUGAUGCCACACCGGUGAUUCGCAGUGUCCUCCCUGCUGUCAACAACACCAACCCAAUCACUGCUUCUUCAUCACCUCAGUGCGGUGAGUACAGCAGCCAGCUGAUGUCCAACGGCCAGUGCCGGGUGAUGGCAACGCUGCCCCCUGUGGGAACAUCGCAGAAUCGCUGCCCAGAUAUGUUCCGCUGUACAGACGACGUCUCCUAUUGGCUGCACGAGAACCAGAACAGGAAGCACCAGCUGGAGGAGCUGAGAGAGACGAUGUCGGAGCUGCAGGUGGAGCUGAGGAACCACCGGCAUAAAGUCAGAGCCCUGGAGGUGCAGGUAGAUGAUGACGUUACUCUGAACUCAACCUUUGACCAGCGGUUGCGUUCUCUGGAGCUGCGUCACGCUAAGUUCGACACGCUGCUCCACGUGCACGCGGCGCUGCUGUACGAGCUGCAGGCGCAGCUACGCAACCUGUCGGCCGCCGUGCAGCGCGUGAGCCGCAACACAGGCUGCGCGGUCAAGGUCGCCAGAACCACACCACCGCGCGGCAUGCGAGACACACUGCCACCAGGUGGACAGUACCUGUCUUUCUGUCCUUCAGACUGUGCGUCUCUGUAUCACAAUGGUGUUCGUCGUUCUGGUGUUUACACCAUCGUCCUGUCGCCAGGCACCACUCUGCCCGUCUACUGCGACAUGGAGGCAGAAGGUGGAGGCUGGACAGUGUUUCAGCGACGGCGCGACGGCACAGUCAGUUUUAACCGCGGCUGGUCAGAGUACCGCGAUGGCUUUGGUGAUCCGCGAGGAGAACACUGGCUGGGAAACCAGCAGCUCCAUCUUCUAUCCAACCAGGGACAGUACAGCCUCCGCAUCGACCUGCAGGACUGGAGCCACGCCCAGAGACACGCCCUCUACCACAGCUUCAGGACAGAGAACGAGGACAACCAGUACCGCCUCCACGUGUCCGGUUUCAGUGGCUCGGCGGAGGAUUCGUUCGGGUGGUACCACGACCAGCAGGGUUUCAGCACGCCAGACACGGGCAACAUCUGCGCCGAAAUCAGUCACUCGGGCUGGUGGUUCCGCCAAUGUUUCUACGCUAACCUCAACGGCGUCUACUACAAGGGGGGGCGCUACACUCUGAAAGCCCAGAAUCUGCUUGGGCCGGACGGCAUCGUGUGGUUCUCCUGGAAGGAUUCAGACUUCUAUUCCCUGAGGGCCGUCGCCAUGAUGAUACGGCCACGCAAUUUCAAGCUGUCCCGCCUGUCGCCGUAGUGACGGUGUUUGUCAGUCACGCUACAGCGUGAAGGACUCAAAGUUCUGCCAGGACUAUUCACUACAGAACCAAAUGUGUAUUAAUACACUGCUGAAAAUAGACAGAUGCACAAGUUCCUCCUGUUUAAGUUACACUUUUAAAAACGUAACGGUAAAUGGUCAGUGUUUCUAAAGUGUUUUCUAGUCUGGACCAUUAAAAAACGCUUUACAGUAGUU